AGAGACAGAUGAUUGUCAUUUGUUGUGAAAAAGAUGGCGAAAUGUCAUAAUCACAAUAAAGAUGUGCGUUUUAACAAUUAGAAAAAUUUUAGUGCAUCAACGAGCUUUAGUGAGAUGUUACAGUGGUGCUAGUUUACUAGUUUAAUGCCAAGACUAGGUUUGUGAGCGGUGAGGGUGUACUGAUGCGACUUUAAAUAGCACUCUGAACAUAACCUCUCUCCGCUAUCCCACUUAUUUCAUUUGGUGAAGAUUGAUUUUAACAAAUGGUACCGAACCCGGACUUGUAAAUAAUUUAAAUUGGUGUGGAAUCAUUUAAAAUCGUCGACGGAAUAAUAAUAGUUCUACAAAUGUCAAAUGUCAAUUAUUAAUAACCAACAAGUGUGAAUAGCAAAUUGGGUGAAAAAAUAUCGUCUUUUGUGCGUGUUGUUUGUUAAAUUGAGCAAAAUGACGAGUACUGCGAUGGAGGAGUACGAGCUGAUGAAAGACGCCAAGUAUCGCAUGUAUGUGGCUGCCAUUGAUAAGGCUUUGAAGAAUUUUGAGUACACGUCUGAAUGGGCCGACCUUAUUUCGGCCUUAGGGAAGUUAAAUAAGGUGUUGUCAACUUAUAUGAAAUUUCCUGUAAUUCCUAGAAGAAUUAAGAUAAGCAAACGUCUUGCACAAUGUAUGCAUCCAGCUUUGCCUUCUGGCGUUCAUCUUAAAGCCUUAGAGACGUACGAUAUCAUAUUUAGAUGCAUGGGCACGAAUCGGCUUUCGCAGGAAUUGUUUAUCUACAGUGCUGGAUUGUUUCCACUAUUGGGUCACGCCGCCAUGAAUAUUAGACCUACUUUACUAACAAUUUACGAAACACACUUUGUACCUUUAGGAGAGAGGUUACGUCCAGCCCUUAGUGGUUUUCUUAGUGGCGUUUUGCCUGGUUUAGAGACGGGUUCAGAUCAUUUUGAUAGAACUAACACAUUACUAGAAAAUAUUUGCGAUGGGGUUGGUUCUAAAUAUUUCUACACUUGCAUAUGGCAAUGUGUUACCAACAACAGUCCGGUGAGAUUACCGGCCAUUAGUUACGUAUUGGCCCAUUAUAGUAGAAAAUUGCCAAUGGAUGAUCAGUUGUAUCUGAUGGGACAUGAUAUUGAUCUUAUGGUUUGUGGCUUGUGUGCCGCAGUUCAAGAUUCGAGUGUUUUGGUUCAAAGAUCGGCUUUAGAUUUAUUAAUGGUAUGCUUUCCUAUGCAUAAUAAACAGCUCCUGUAUGCGGAUAUGGUCCGGCUUGUAACUGCUGCUUUGUCAACGAUACUGAGACGGGAUAUGUCACUAAACAGGCGUCUUUACUCCUGGCUUGUUGAAGGCGACACAAACACAUCCAAUCAAGCAGAAACCGAAAACACUUCACUAACCGAACCUCACAGUUCAAUCGCUUACGAUUUACUUAACGAUGCUAUUAGAAUAAUUUUACGUAAAAGUAGCACAGAGGUGCCCUUAGAUAUAAAACCUUACCGACUUUUAACUUCUUUAUUCGACAAACCACAAAUCGGACCUGUCAUUUUAGACAGCAUUUUAUACGAUGUCUUUCGAACCCUAUACCUGUCCUGUUUACAACAACAAAAGCAAAAAAACAGCACCGUCAGGUGUGUCUCGUUCAAUGGCGAUUUGACGAGUCUAAAAAACACGGACGAAACCGUUUUAAACAAACAAUUUGUGACGAAAAAGUGCCAAGAAUUGGUAAAAAACGCAAAUUUGUUAUUCAACACCUUGCAGAAUUAUUACAUCUGGUCGUACAUUGAAAAAUUGUACGCCAACGCGGUCGAGAAUAUAAAAAAUUAUAAAACGAGGGACAGGUGCCAAGUGAACGAAAUCGGAGCUGGACCUCCGCAUAUUUUAGAAAUUUGCAUUCUGACGGAAUUUUUACUGGAAGUUAUCCCGAUCGAGUCGUAUGCCGAGACUACAUCCAACAUUUUACCGAAUUUAUUUAACAAAAUUGUGACCACUCUUAAAAUGAACAUCGAAGUUGUGAAUCAGCACGAGAUCGAGCACAGUUUGCUCCUGUGCACGAAAAUUUUGACGAAAAUUCAACCAGUCACAGUGACACAAAUCAAAGAAGUUGAGCUCGAUCUGGAAACUUCGAAUGUUGUCUCAGAAACGGAAAAAUCACUUGAAACUUCGGUUGUUAUUGUGAGUGAGGAGCCGAGAACAGCGCUUGAAAAAAGCAAAUCAGACUCGAAAAUCAACGAAAAUCUUAAUAAGAAUGAGUUAACGAUUGACGAUUCAAGCCGCGAGAGGUCGUACAGUAACCAAAUGUUGAAGAAAAAAGACAAGACUAGUCCAAAAAUCGAGAAAAAAUCCAAAAACAAAAAAUCAAAAUCCAGUUCAAAACUGUAUGAGUUGAACAAGAGUGAGAUUGAGUCGGAGGUGGCGUCGGAGGAGCCGCCCCCAGAGCCCCCGAAAAUUAUCAAAACUGCCAAAAUCGAAAAUAAGUAUUUUUUGAGUUGUUUGGAGGAAUAUAAGCAGUUUUAUGUGAUUUUCAUCGCGUCGAAAAUUUUGCCUGAGGUCGAAAUGAGCGCCUUUUUCGAGCACUUGCUCUGCGAUAAAGAUGAGAGAACGAAUCGUUUGAUAAAACUGCUAGAAGAGUGUUUGCAAAAGAACAGUGAGUUUAGUCCAGUUGAUUUUAGUAAUGUAAUAACGAAAAACGAAUUAACAGUGAAAAAUAUAGCGAGUGAAAAUGCAACGUGCGAAUACGAGUCGGCAAUGAACGUUGCCUCGAAUGUUUUGUUGGAGUUUUCAGCUUUUCCCAACUUGAUUGGUAGUGAUUUUGAGAGGGUUAUGCCGCAGUGGUUGCAGGCGUUGAUUGUGGCGGCUUGUUGUAAAGAAUCUUCAAGGGAGAUACAAAUUACUGCGAUGAGUACGCUUUUGGAGGUUUUUAGUUUGGCGAAAAAUCAAAAUUUUAUGAAGAGGGAUGAUUGCAAUACGAAUAUUGUCAUCACGGGGAUUUUGGAGUGUGAGCAUGUGUUGUUCAUUGAGGAGAAUACUGUUGUGAUAGAGGAAAUGGCUCAAAUUUUGUGGAAUUUGUUGGGGAUUUUGAAUAACCAGAAACAGCUACUUUUGUGUGUUACAUUGUUGUAUCAGAUACAUAACACUUUUGAUAAUAAGCCGUUUGUGGAGCAAGUUAUUAGCAAGUAUCUGACGAAUGAGCAUAUUUGUACGGAUUUUAUGAAGAGGUUUUUCCUGUUGUGGCAUUUGGGGAGAGACUUGAAUAUUAAGGUUUCACCCAAUAUGACAAAUGUAAGAAAUUUUGACAGAUCUCUGAUGAAGGUCCUCGACAAUUUGCAAAACAUCGAAAAACCCAACAUCCAACUACUCGCCGAAUCCUUCCUCACACACAGUCUCCUCCACGGCGACAUCCCUCGCAUUAUCAACCCAAUGCUGGUAAAACUAUUGGCCUCCAACACUGCCCGCGUGUCCAUACGUCACGUCAACAUCAACGACUCAGACGUCCAAAGCGAAAUAACAAUCCCCGACAAUCAAAAAACCGAAGAAUAUCAAACGAAAAAAAUCUACGCAGUGAGCAGCCAAAACGGCAACAUCAUGUACCACCUAGCCAGCGAUCAAGACCAAAAACCGGCCAAACGAAAAUGGUUCACGUUCUCAAAAGGUGGCAAAAAAUUCUCACCAACAGUCGUCAACAUGACGACAAGCGUUGUCGACGAUUUGAACGUCGUCACACGAAAAAAUAAGGAUUAUAAAAACGUACGGACAACACCCAAGUUGGACAAAAGCGCCAAAGGCAACAUGAAAGUGAUCAUAAACCCGUUAAGUUCGAAGGAAAUUUACUCAGACGGACUCAACGGCUCGUACUCCAAGCUUGACGUUAAUCGGUCGUCAACCGAAAGUUUGAGUUCGAGCAACGACGGAACCCCGGAUUCGCCCUUCAAAUCGUUGCCUCCGGAACCGGAACGGGACUCCGGGUACGAGUCGUUCGCCCGGAGCAAAACCCAACUCGAUUUAAUUUCGAAUUCUUCGAACAAACUGCUUGAAAGUAUCGAACCUAUUUCGGACGGUAUUAAAGACGAUAGUUUGGUCAACGGUGUGACAACAAAAAUCCCCAAAUCGCAGAGUUUUGACGAGAAAUGUUGCAACGGAAAAAGCGACGAAAUGGAAAAUUCGUUGGUACACAGUUGGUCGUACUGUAUUUCCGACUCUGAUAAUUUAAACGCCGAGCUUGAAAUAAGCACAAGUGCUGAGGAGUUUUUCAAUAAGAGUGAUAACGCGGUCGUUACGGAAAUCCUGAACGAAGUGUUGGAUAAAGUGUGCGAAUUGAUCGAUAAUCACACGCCGACUAGACCGACUGAUCUCGAUUUGAGAUCGAAAAUUAACGUUCAUUCGUCGAAAAACUGUGUUUUGUAUCCGAUUCAUUCACAUAUUUGUCUGUACUAUGAAGUUUUCGACUCGAAUCAAAUACUUUACGCCCUCCAAACGCUCAAAAACUGCAUCUUGUGUAACCCGCAAUUAUUUAUCAAGUGUUUGGCGACGAGUGGUGUCAAAGAUUUGAAAAACAACGAUGUUUUGAAUUUGCUAGCAAGACACCGAAAGUCAGUCUUGGGUUACAGUUUUUCCGGUAAAUUGAACCCGGAGUAUUUGAAUUUUUACCGUGGCUAUAUGUUUCUGGACGUUGUUAUUUUGAUUUGUUUGAAUUAUGCGCGGACGUUUUAUCCGCAUCUGGAUGAUUUGAAUGUGACCAGUGAGGAUUUGGAGAGUAAUUUUAAGAUUCAGUUGGAGAGUUUGGAAAUUUUGGAUGUGAUUAUACGGAAGUUGAUUACAAUGGUUAGUGAAAAUUCGAAGGGUUUUGCCAGUUAUAUAGGCGAUAUGUUGAUUAAGUGUAAGUUGCAAAAGGUUGUGUUGCAUUGUUUGUUGACUUCGGUGCGGAAUUUUGACGAAGAGAUGACGUUUGCCGAAGAAGUUUUGUUGUUUAAUAAUUUUCAAUUGUAUGAUGCCAAUCAUAAAGUGGGGGAUCAUGUGGAAGCCUAUCAAACGCGGCUUUUAAGAUUGAUCCACUCGUUGAUAAUUUUGGAGUAUCACGUUUUUUCAUCCGCACCACCUGUUAGUAGUUCUUCCCAAGAAUCAGUAACGCCCUCCACUGGCGAACACUUGAACUAUACUCCAACAAUCCUAAUCCCUCAACAAAACAUAUUUCUAUCGGCUGUAAUGAGCGCUUUACGGCACACUCACAUGAAAAAUUUGCACGAAAAGUGGCUAAACAUGAUUACAUGUUGUCUUCCCUACUUUGGCGAGAAUAUCAAACAAAUUACGAUCAGCGUGAUUCACCAGAUUUGCAACAAUAUCGAGGAGAUAGCGUGCAAAUAUACACAAUCAGAAAUCCACGGUGAAAUUUGUUCGGAUUAUGCCGUAACACAGCUCGAAUCAUUGACGAUUUUAUGUCACUAUUGUUUGCUGGAUUCGUCACAAACUGUGAAUCAGUUGAAUAUUCCCGCCAGUUCGAGCACUCCGAUCAGUAAUCCGGGUGAAAUUUUUAAUAAUUUGGUUAGUGCGUUUUUUGCUCCGGUUGGAUUGGAUAAUUCAACAUCGAAACAGAAUUCGGAUCAUUAUCAGAAUGCGCGAAAAACGAUUUUAAGUCAUAUGCCGAGGAUUAUUUCCAGUGUUGCAAAGUUGUGGCAAACUAUAGUUAAUUUGGAAAAUGACAAUAAUGGUGUGUAUGGGAGUUCAAAGGUUGUCAAGCAACAACUGUUGGAGUUUCUUAGUCCCAUUUCUGUUAAUCAUGGAGCAAGUUUCUUGGCUGCAAUUGCAGUGGCUUGGUACGAAAGGAGAAAUCUUUUUACGAAUAUCAAAGCGGUUUUGCCUGAACCCAACGCCGGCCAGAAUAAUUUAGUUUACCUGAUAUCAGCUAUAAGAGUCAUUCCACUUGAUAAUUUAGUACAAACUGUAACUGCUGUGAUAAAAAACCCUCCUCCCACUGAAGGUCUCAGUGCCGACAUUUGUUUAGAUGUCUCCGUUUUAGAAUUGUUUUAUUGUUAUAUGCGCAAUGCCUCACCGACUCAGUUAACAGAAGCUUGGAGUUCACUACUUGCCCUAAUAAGAGAAGGUUGUUCAUUGAGUCCUCCUGCACAGUUCCUCCUAGCUGCUUUAUUACACGAAUUAAUGAUAAAAUGUUGUCCGCUUGAAGAAAGAAAAGAUCAAAAGGACUUACAGGACGUCACAGCCAAAUUGAUCGAGUGUGUUUCACAAGUUUGUGGUUCCUGUUUGGAACAAACAACCUGGCUGAGGAGAAAUUUAGCUGUAAAGGAACAAGAUGAAGAUUUGACUCCCGACACUAAUAGUUUAACUGGAUCCAGUUCUGAUAUUGUCGUUGGGAAUAGUCACAGUGUUCAAGCACAACUGGUUCUAUCCGAAAUUUUGGCUCCUAUUUUAGAUAUUUGUUUCGGUUCUUCGGAAAAAGAUAAAGUCGUAACAAUUUUAACAUCUCUCAUGUAUAACAUCGUUCCGUAUCUUAAGACACACACAAUGAAAAAUAUGCCGAGUUUUCAUGCGUGUUCCAAGUUAUUGGCAGCUCUUAGUAGUUAUCAGUAUACGAGGAAGGCGUGGAAAAAAGAUGUGUUUGAGUUACUUCUCGACAAUUCGUUGUUUCAAAUGGAUUACAAUUGUAUAAAGUAUUGGAAAAUAAUUGUGGAUAAUUUGAUGACGCACGACAAUACCACCUUCAGAGAUUUGAUGAGUCGAGUGUCUUUGACCCAAAGCGGCAGCUUGAGUAUAUUUUCAUCUCGAGAACAGGAGUAUGAACAAAGGGCGCAGCUCUUGAAACGUCUCGCGUAUGUGAUAUUUUGUAGCGAAAUGGACCAAUAUGCCAAAUACAUGCCGGACAUACAAGAACAAUUGACAAGUAGUCUAAGACUGAAUGUGCCAGGUGUACAAGCACAAGUUUUUCUUUGUUUUCGUGUCAUCCUGAUACGUAUGAGUCCAAUACACAUUACAUCACUAUGGCCUAUUAUCAUAAGCGAAAUGUUACAAGUUUUUCUCCAAAUCGAGCAAGAACUGUUGACCGACACCGAGGAAUUUAGGACGGGCAACAGUUAUCAUAUAAAGCUGUUAUCAACCCUUGACGCAAGUUGGUCGACGAAUAGCAACAACGGUUUGCACGCCUUGGGCCACCCUCAUUGGUUGAGACUACAGUUGGCCACGGCUAAGUUACUAGAUUUGGCGUUGUUGUUGCCAGCUGUUACUUUACCCCAGUUUCAAAUGUAUCGGUGGGCAUUUGUGGGGGAUGAUUUAGAACGGCUCCACAGUUCGGCAGGGGCUUCAUUUAUCCCACACGUGGUCAGGAUAGCCAACCUGAUGGAUAAAAAAUUCACUGAUACACAAAUCGAAACUCUGCCAAUGAAACGAAAUGAAUUAUUACUAACUAUGAACAGUAUUAACCAACUAAAGGAUCUGCACAGCUUUUUCAAAACUCUUAGUCUAUGUUCUAAUCGACAUAGGACAGAAUGUAGCAAAAUAACAACCAGCGAUCAUCACACGUUAAAUGAUAGACAGUCUGAUAAAAAAUUGAUCAUGAUCUUGGAGAAAAUCGACAAAGUCAUUGAAAUGGAUUUUCUUGAUAAAAUUCCGCGAUAAGUGUAAUUUUCAAUUUCCAAAGAGUUCAGUAUUGAAAUGAGUUGUGGAAAAUGUCGUGACGUGGCAAUUAUUUUUAUUGUUUUGUUAUUUAUUGACUUGUUUUUUGUCUUUGUUAUUGCGGGUGUAAUUUUAUUGUAAAUAUGAUAGCAUUUAAAAGAUUGUGAUUUUAUAUUGUGAUGUAAUAAGAUGUUAAUAGCAUUGCCUAAAUGUAAUUAUUUGUAUUUAACUCUGUAGAUAAUUAUACACUUUGCUACAAUGGG